AUGCAGACGGUGGACACGACAUCGUGCGCACCCCGGGCGCCGCAGACGGCGGCGGCGGCAUCGAGGAACGAGUCACCGAAGUGGGCCUCGUCGCUGCUGCAGCAACGCCUGGGAGAUUGCGGUGUGUUUCGCAACGAGGCAUCGCAUUGCGCCAGGGCCAUCCUGCACUCCGAGGCGGCUCGCGCGGAUGGCAAACUCUGCGACGAUGUUGGCGCCGUGUUGGCAGGCAACGCCGUUUACAUCCGCCGCUGUGUGUGCGACGAGGAGGACAUGCGGAUUUACGACAGGCUCAAGGCGGAAAUCGUCGCUGCGACAGGGGCGAACAUGUGUGACGGUGGGCGCAUUGAGUGGAGCCGUCACGAGAUAUUUGAGAACCCGAUGGGGAUCAGUGUGACGUUCAACGACGUUAUAGCCAUGCUGGCGGAGUACUUUGAUCUGGAUGUGUACGCCACGCGACUGAAUUACUACCGCGACGGGCAGCAGUGGAAGCCACAGCACCACGACAGCCAUGCGUACGGCGCUCACACCACUUCCACGGGUGAGCGAGUACGUGAGGACUUCACGGUGGGCAUCACGCUUGGGGCGACGCGCAGCCUUCUCUUUGUGCACGAAGCCUCUGGCCGCCAGUUUGAUUUCCCACAGCGCAACGGCGACUGCUUUGCUUUCACCGGGGAGGUAAACAACACCUUUACGCACGGAGUGCCGCGCGUGAGCACGCCGAUUGGCGACCGCUUUAGCAUCAUUGCUUGGGGGCGGCGACGCGCGGUGAAUGAACGUAACGGUGGUCGAGCGGUGGCAUUUUCAGACGUUUGGCUUAAAGACGGCAGUGAAGUUCGCACCGUCGAUGACGCCAUACUGGCCGCUCAUCAACUUGUCUCCCGCGCAUCUGCGUCCGUUAAACCGACUGUGGCACCAACGCCUUCGAUGCGAGUGAACAUGACAGACGGGAACAACCAUAAACAUGGCGCCAAUGAUAGUGGCAGCGUGUCUGCGAAGAGAAAGAAGAAGAAUCGACUUCAGUGA